AUGUCGUCUGCAACAGUUUCGAGGAAAACUCUAGAUGAGGCCCGGAACCAGAGAAACCGCUCGGUUUUCUUGCGUGACAUUAUUGUCAUUCGUCUCAUCAAUGUUUGGUGGAUAGCCACCUUUUUCCAGCCAGAUGAGUUCUUCCAGUCCCUUGAGCCAGCUUGGAACCUGGCUUUUGGAUCUCAGAGUGGUGCAUGGUUGACAUGGGAAUGGCAACACCAACUUCGCACCUCUCUUCACCCAGCUCUCUUCGCAGGCGUCUAUCUCGUCGCCGACUUCAUCUCCAGCCACAUUCUCCCUGUAGGAAUCCUCCGCGCUACCAUCCUCGUCGCUGCUCCCCAAGCCCUCCAAGCUGUGAUUGCUGGCCUCGGCGACUGGUACACCUGGCAGCUGGCUGUGUCCAUUUACGGAGCCAACAGCAAUGUCUCCUUCUUCGCACUCUUUCUGCAAAUCUUCAAUCCUUGGCAAUGGUACUGCUCUACGCGAACCUUUUCAAAUUCUCUAGAGAUGACUCUUACUGUCAUGGCGAUGUAUUACUGGCCCUGGGAGCUUCUCGGCGUGGCGCAGACGACAAAGGAAAACCCCAAGCCUGCCCCUAUUCUCAAGAGUCUCUGGUCACUUCGUGCCUCUCUUUGUCUCGCGGCUUUGGCUGUGGUCCUUCGACCCACCAACAUCUUGAUCUGGGCUACCAUUGUCCUCUUCACUAUUGCCCGGAUCUCACUUCAGGGACCUUCACCUCUUACCUUUUCAACAGUUGUCACACUGAUCCGUGAGGCCAUCUUGUGCGGUUCUCUAAUCCUAGCCAUAUCCGCUGCUUCAGACCGUUGGUAUUUCGGUUUCUGGACAUUUCCCGCCUACAACUUUCUUUACUUUAACCUAUCCAAGUCUCUUGCCGUCUUCUAUGGCCGUAGCCCGUGGCACUAUUAUUUUCUCCAAGGACUCCCCCUGAUUUGCACUACAAGCCUUCCUUUUGCUGUUGCCGCUCUUUACAAGCCAACUGCACAUGCGACGUCGACACAGCAGUCCAAUGUGCUUAAAACAUUGGCCUACACAGUUUUCACAACUGUUGGUGCCUUGUCGCUUAUCACUCAUAAAGAAGUUCGCUUCAUCUAUCCUCUCCUCCCAGCGCUCAGCAUCCUCGCUGCUCCUUGCACUGCCUCAUUCUUUACAUCCAAGCCAAGUCCCACCACCAACAAUCCCCGUCCGCAACCUCAGAUCCGCAACAAGCGCUAUCUUUUCGUCGCUCUUGGUGUCAAUUUGUUUCUCGCAGGCUACCUAUCUUUCUUCCACCAGCCAGCUCCCCUCAAUGUCCUCACCUACCUCCGUCAUGAGUACGAGCGCAUCCACCCAGACUCUGUUCAACUGGCCCAAACCUCUCAUUUCUCUGCUACACCCAAGAAUGAAGACGAGCUCUUUGCUUUGUUCCUGAUGCCUUGUCACUCUACUCCCUGGCGUUCACAUCUAAUCUACCCUGGUCUACGGGCUUAUGCCCUCGGUUGUGAGCCCCCUCUUCAUACUGAGCCAAACACUCCCGAGAGAGAUAACUAUCGCGACGAGGCCGAUCGAUUCUACGAUGAUCCCAUCCCUUUCCUCGCCUCCGAGCUAUUCAGUCCGACCAAGGCCGUCACUGUUCCUCGUUAUAUCGUUGGCUUUGAGGGUAUUGAGCCAUGGCUGCAAGAAUUCGUCCAGACUUCUGAGGCGCAGUCUCUUGGCUUGACCCAAGUGCGGCCUGUUUGGAAGGGGUUCAAUGGUCUUUUCAACGAAGAUUGGCGACGUUCAGGUGAUAUGAUUGUUUGGGAUACUGGCGUUUAUGAUAACGCGCCCCCCGCAAAGGAACUAUAA